CAACCAAUCCCUUAUACUGAGAUUCAGACCAAAUCCCAGAGCAUAAAAUCAGACAAGAUCAGAUCCUGCUGUCUCAUCCUCAUCGUCAUCAUCAUUACAAGAAGAAUCUUUGUAAAAAAUACACUUAAAAAGACAACUAAAGGUUUUUAGAUGAAUAAUUUUCAGGAGAAGAGAAGAAGGUGUAGUACAAAGCUGAGAGUUAGUAGUGAAGAAAACAUGGAGAAGACAGUGCACAGAGAAGUUGAGAAACAAAGGAGACAAGAAAUGGCUUCUCUUUACGCAUCUCUUCGCUCUCUUAUCCCUCUCGAGUUUAUCAAGGGAAAGCGUUCGACGUCAGAUCAGUUAAACGAAGCGGUAAACUACAUAAACUAUUUGCAGAGGAACAUCAAGAACAUGAGUUCCAAGAGAGAUGAUCUCAUGUUAUUGUCUGGACGAAGCUUUGGAAGUAGUAAUGGAGGGGGUAGGAACGAGAUUUCGAAUCAUGUCGUGAUUCAUCCGUGUUUGGUCGGCGUAGAAAUCAUCUUUACCGUUCUACAAACUCCGUUGUCAAACGUUCUGCAAGUGCUAGGUGAACAUGGUCUCUGUGUUCUUAGCUGCAUCUCCUCCAUUGUGAAUGACAGGCUCAUUCACACUGUACAGGCUGAGGUCAACGAUCUCGCUUUUAUUGACUUUGCAGACCUCAAGGAUACACUUACUGCACUUACCCUGAUGAAGCAAACGUUUUCUUAGUAGAUUUAUCUUUAACUUCUCAAACCAAAAACUAUGUAUAUAUUAUAUAUAGAUAGUUUAAUUUCGUGCACUUGUGCCGUGUAUUUGUAUAUAUCUGUGUUUUUCAGAUUUUGAAGAUAUUUAUAUAGAAUCAUGACUCGUUUUUUUCGAGGCGUUUCCGUUAUUUUGUGUAGGUACGUAAUACAAAUUUUUUUACUAUUGAUUAUUUAUAAAUAAAUGAUGAGAACAAAGAUUUGAA